AUGGCGAUGUAUGACCACUUUCUGUUGCUGAUAUUGGUCUGCGUAUCAGUGUUUGGCAUCGGUCAGAGUUAUGAAGAAAAGACGCCUGUAACAAUUUGUACCCAAGCUGAAUUGACUUUGAACCUUGAUGAAAUUGGAUUAACCAGCUUGCCAAACAACUUCGUCAGCAAUGAAUUUUUGAAGACCCUUUCGUUGCAAUAUAAUUCAAUCGAACAUAUCUCAGUAGACACUUUUGUGUCCGUACCAAAUUUAUCUCAUCUCAGCUUGGCAAACAAUAACCUUACGACCUUUCAACUCAGACCAUUUUCAACGCUGCAGAAUUUAGAGACAUUAGAUUUGAAUGGAAAUUGUCAAUUGCCAACCGAAUUAGAUGGAGAUUUGACGUUUCCAGAUGACGACGACAGUGAUGAUAACAUCAUUAAAACGCCGUCCUCAUACGUGGAUGUUCAUUAUUGCAAUUUUUACGUUGAUGCAGAGCUUCCGAAUCUGAAAUACUUGCACAUCGAAAAUAAUCGCAUCUAUAAAAUAUUCACUACUGGUUCCAACAAGCUUCCAUCACUGACUCACGUAUACCUGUCCUACAACUUGUUAAGAAAGCCCAGAGAUACGACGACGGCUCUGAAACAGAUGGCUCCAUCUAUGACCAACCUUUAUAUGAAGAACUGUGGAAUUACGGAAUUAGAAUUAUUAACAACAGUGAUCGAAGUUGAUCUGGAUGAUAACAAUAUUAAAAGCAUCUGCAACAGAUAUUGCUUGAGCUCAUCGUUGUCGCUACAGAAAGCUGAAAGACUAGAAAUCUUGUCCAUGAAUAAUAAUGAAAUUUCACUGAUAGAAAACGACGCAUUCAACGAUACCAUAAACUUGAAAAAGCUCGAUCUGUCAAGGAAUCAUUUGUCGGAAAUAAGAGACGGAACUUUUGAUAAUUUACAUAAACUGACAUAUCUUUCCCUCGAAGGAAACGAAUUUACUACGCUGAGUGGGGAAUAUACGUUGAGCGGUCUAGUCAACCUCGAAUAUCUGUUUUUUGGCGGCAACAAUAUAUCAUAUAUUUCUACUGGAUUUUUCGACCACUUGUCAAAAUUGGUGACGCUGGACAUGAGCUACAAUAGAUUAACUUCCAUCGAAACGACAUUGUGUUCAAAAUUAACGAGCUUACAAAAAUUGUCGUUCUAUGGAAAUCGGCUGUCAAGCAUACAUUUGGCUGAUUUGAAGUCGAUCAUUAGCAUAGAUCUCGAUGAUAACAAUUUCACAGCAAGUACGUAUAUUUCUUUAGUAAACCUCCCCAACUUAGAAAGCUUAUAUCUAAGAGAAAAUCCAUUGCGUCUUAUAAAUGUUGAUUGGCUUAGAGGUAAACCGGAAAAUAUGUCAAUCUCAUUGGGAAGCGACUGUGCACCUGAAAAAGAUGAUUUUUAUAACUCUUCGCCGAUCCAAAUAAUUCUCGACGACUGA